GUGCUUUCCAUGCGCUUUGUUAGUGGGCUGCGGUGUUCCCGUCAGCUGUCCGUGGCUUCCAACCCUCGGCAGCAGGAGCUGGAGCCAGAGCUGAUUGUCAUAGGAAGAGGGAUUUCCAAAGGAUCCGCAGACCAUGGCUUACAACAAAAGAAUGAAGAUGGUCUUCCAGCACCUUUUACCAAAAGUGUACAAGAGGCCAUUGACAACUAUGCAUUUGUUUCCGUGUCGUCACUCUCAUCUAGCGGGCAAACAACACCCACUGACUUGAAUCGUUCCUGGUCAGGGAUUCGGAGUUAUGCUACUGGUCCAUCUACUGAAAGAAGCUCAGUUUACUCCUGGAGGGAUGAUGAAUUGGAUAAUGCUAACACCCAAAGAGUGCAUCAGUUGUUUUGGGAUGUGGAUGAAAUGCUGUUUGAAGGCAAAGUGAGUACCCAAACUGAGAGUCUAAAGGCAGAAUGUAAAGAUUGGACCAACCGAUCCCUUCACUUGAGGGUCUUGGGAAAGCAGCUCCUUCUUCCUAACGAGGAGGGCUUUCAGCAUUACCAGAGAAGAAAUGCCAACUCUGUAUGUUCCAAAUCCUUACCUAGCUUGAGUGAAAUGACCAGCGGUAUGAAAGAGCUAUGCAUUUCGGGCUCUAAACUGAUCCCGGCAGCUUCUCCAGCACACAAGGCAUUCCACUCUGAUAUACCAGGGAUUCCUGUAGCUGAGUCAUCUGUAUAUUCAUUUCUGGAAGAAGAAAUCUAUGAUGCGGAGGGCAAAAUCGAAGAGUAUCUUGCAUUUGACAACAAGGAACUUGAUGAUGAGAGUUUGGAACAAAAGAAAUCUCAGCUUAUUCAAAAGAGGACUAAGAAUGGCAUUCCUCCUGUUUCCCCCAACGCCUGUAUCAAAGAGACCGUCACUGCGGAGAUAUUUGAUCAAGUCUGGAAGAGCAUAAUUAAAGUACUAGAAGAACUCAUAAGAAAAAACUGGGAAUCAUCUAUUGCAGAGAAUGACAAACAGAUGGAGAAACUGAAAGCAAGUGGGAACAAAUUGCCUCAUCUGCCGGUAUCUCGUGUUACAAUAGAUGUGUCAAGCGUACCCCCAUCAAGAGGGUUAGACUCUCGAGGAUCAUCUUUUGGCUUUCACUUUGUCCCAUCACAGCUGCAUCGCCUUCCCAGCAGUUUGUACAGCGAUCUAAAUGGUGUCAUGACAAUUCAAGCUAAACCACUGCAACAGAGGCACGCAGGCUUGGCCGAAAAGACUCAGAAUGAACAUGAAGACAAGCCACAGCCUCUUGGUACCAGCGUUAACUCGGUGCGAAAUCGGCUGGGGCGGAUUACUGACAGCAGUGUUCUUUCAUCCUCUCGGGUGUUGCAAGGAUCCUCUAGGAAAACAACAAGCCAUCGUAGGCUACCAUCUGUCAUCCCCGAUCCACUGCGCUCAAAACCCACCAAUGUUUACAGCGAUGAAGUCCUUAGGGGCACAAAACUGUGUACCGCCUUAGAUCGCGUGUCCUCUCCACUACCACCUGCAACCCGGAACAAGUUGCCACCCAUACAUUCAGAAGUUGUUGAUCAAUAUUUUUCCGUUUCAGGAUCCCGGCAAGGCUUUCACAGAGGAAGAUAUCCUAACAGCAGAAUAUCCAGUGCAGUGCCUGACGCUGCUGAACGGCGGCCUCUUCGAGAGCGCACGGUCGUAAUAGACCAAUUUUCAAGACCUAAUACUACUCACACAUUCCGAUUGGAUACUGUUCAUAAAAGGUCAUUUACUUCUAUGGACUUUGCUAAUCACAUGUGGACAGGCCAGGGAGUAUUGACAGGUUCACAAUUCCAUGUCAGAUCAUUUCAGAGAAAUUCAUCCAUCUCUCGGAAGAGAUUUCAGGUUGCUUCCUAACUUGGCAGAGGACAACAAGCUGAUCAGUACUUGGUGGAAAAAUACAAUAAUCAGCCUAAAGUCAAGAAGAAUGAAGAACAAGUCCUGGGAUUUUGUGAAUUAGUAUUCUGAGCCUCUGCAUAUGGACUUACUUUAAAAGUUGCUUCAUCAAAGCAUAAAGAACAUUAACAAAAGCAAAUGAAGGCAGUGGCUUAUGUCUGAAAUGCAGAAUAAAUGUUAGUGAUACAUGCUUUCUAAGGGCAUGUGCUAACUUCUGUAGGAAAGUGCCUUCCUGGUUUUGAUGUGGACCAAUACCAGUAAAAAACUAGAACUGA